GGUGAAAAUUUGGGGCUUGCUGCCAGGCUUUUAAGUUUUCAUGCAGCCUAUCAAAAAUCGCCACGGAAGGCACCUGUCAGGCACGAGGAACAUCACGGUUCUCGGCUCGGAAACGCAACCUCUUGGAACUGGGGAAGCCCUGAAUUUAUCAAGUAUGGUUCCUGUUCCUGGCAGGUUCGCAUCUCCCCUCGCUCCUGCUUGACGCACCUCCAUACCCACCGAUUGCUCUCUCUCUCUCUCAAAAAAAAGAAGAAGAAUAAUGUGGGGACAAGGAAUUACGGUCGCGGCACUCCAGCUGCUGCUGACUCUCGGUUCAGCUUACGAGCAUCAUCAAUUCUUCAAAAACACCCCUCGAGCGAGUCCAGAAACUGGCCAUGUUCACCGCCGUCAAUCACCCCCUCCCGGCUAUAGCCCCGAGUUUGGGGGGUGCGGCAGCGGAAGGAAUUGCGAAGAUGCCUGCGGACCGAAUUGGGAAUCUUGUCAGGCAUCGACGAGUCUCUCGCUCUUCUGCUAUAACAAAGUCGAUUUAAAGCAGACGUGCUGUGAGAAUGGGUCAGGGCGUGCCUGCGAGGAGGGCUACUACUGCGCCUGGCAAGAGUUUGGCGGGCAAGUUUGGUGUUGUGAGAAUGGCCAAAGUUUGGAAGAAUGUGGCGUGCCGCAAACGGGUUCAUCUGGCACAGGCUCACCCACCGGCUCGCCGACAUCCCCUGGUGGGCCGUCCUCUCAGGCACCCUCCCCUUCGACUUCUGCAAAGUCGAGCGGGACGGCGACCGGAGGUAAUUCGCUCUCCGUGACCGGUUCCCAAUGCCCCGCGACGACUGUGACUUCGUGGGCGACGACAACCGUGGUGUCAACGGUCAGCAUCGCGGCGACCACCGUGACGGUAGUCGGGCCGGGUGGCGGAUGCUACUCCGAGUCGUCGACCUCUGUGUCAGAGAGCGAGCCUUCAGACGAUACUUCAUUGUCAGGCACUAUCACUCAGCCCCCCUUGUCAUCCUCGACAUCCUAUGGGCCACCGGUCUUUAACACUACAACCACGGAAACAAUCGCGACAGCUGGUGCCUGGGGCCUACGUGUCAACCUAUCGGGUCUUGCCUUGGUUUUACUCCCACUUCUUUGGCUUUAAGUAGCCGCUUCGCUCGAACGAAACGCAAACUAGGGGAUGAUAUGCGAGCUCGGAUGUUGGUGGCAGUGACCUUUUCUUUUUCUUUUCUUUUUCUUUGCUUCGUUACACUUGGAUACCCCCUUUUCAUUUGGCCGCAACGAUAUAACUCGAGUCACCCUGUGCCCUCGUCAUGUGUAGACAAAGCCAUUGUAGGCAUCAGCACAGCUGUAUGCCUAGCAUGUUUCAACAAGUAACCUUGGGCACAAAGACGGGAAAUAGAUCUUUUCCUUGGGCUCGAAGUACACCAUAAUUUAGAAACACAUUGCACAUUC